AUGUGGUGUCAGUGCGGCUGCGACGAGUGCGUGGUGUCGCGCCAGGAGGACUCCCUGCGGCACUCGCGGUCCCGCAUCAACGCGUACCGCGCGCUGGCCAGCCCCUCGCUCAUCGCGCUCUCCUCCAAGGACCCCAUCCUCACCGCCUUCGAGCUGUCCUGGGAGCUGCGCCGCCUCAGCUUCAUGGAGCACGAGUUCAAGUGCGAGUACCAGGAGCUGCGCAAGCAGUGCCAGGACUUCGCGACGGCGCUGCUGGACCACACGCGCAGCAGCUACGAGCUGGAGGUGCUGCUCAACCACGACCCCACGGGUCCCGCCUUCGAGCACGGCGAGCGUAUGCACCUCAACCGCCUCAAGCUGGCCAUCAAGCUGCGACAGAAGAAGUUCGUGGCGCACCCGAACGUGCAGCAGCUGCUGGCGUCCAUCUGGUACGAGGGGCUGCCCGGCUUCCGGCGCAAGAACAUGGUGCUGCAGGCGCUGGAGAUCGUGCGCAUCGGCAUCCUGUUCCCGCUCUUCUCGUUCAUGUACGUCGUCGCGCCGCACUCGCGCUUCGGCCAGACGAUGCGCAAGCCCUUCAUCAAGUUCAUCUGCCACUCCGCCUCCUACUUCACCUUCCUCUUCCUGCUGAUCCUGGCGUCACAGCGCAUCGAGUCUGUGAUCGGCGACUGGUUCGGCAACGACACCGACCGCCGGCCGCAGCCGCGCCAGGUGGACGUGACGGCGAUGCGCGGCGGGCCGCCCUCCGUCGUCGAGUGCAUGAUCCUCGCCUGGGUCUGCGGACUCAUUUGGAGUGAGGUGAAGCAGCUGUGGGACGUGGGCCUGGAGGAGUACGCCAACGACAUGUGGAACGUCAUCGACUUCGUGACCAACUCGCUGUACGUGGCCACGGUGGCGCUCCGCGUCGUCGCCUACUACCAGGUGCAGAAGGAGCUCGCACUGCGCAGGGAGACCGAGGGCCCAGCGCCGCGGGACCUGCCGCGCGAGGAGUGGGACACCUGGGACCCCAUGCUCAUCGCCGAGGGCCUCUUCUCCGCCGCCAACAUCUUCAGCUCUCUGAAGCUGGUGUACAUAUUCUCCGUCAACCCGUACCUGGGACCUCUGCAGGUCUCCCUGAGCCGCAUGGUGCUGGACAUCAUGAAGUUCUUCUUCCUCUACGUUUUAGUACUCUUCGCCUUCUCUUGCGGGCUGAACCAGUUGCUGUGGUACUACGCGGACAUGGAGAAGCAGCGCUGCCCCAAUGGAACAGCCACAUCCCCUCCCCCAGGCUCCAUGGACCCCAAGGACCCCGACGCCUGCGUCGUUUGGCGCCGGUUCGCCAACCUGUUCGAGACGACGCAAACCCUUUUCUGGGCCGUGUUUGGCCUGGUUGACCUCGACAACUUCGAGCUGGCCGGCAUCAAGAGCUUCACGCGCUUCUGGGGGAUGCUCAUGUUCGGCACCUACUCCGUCAUCAACAUCGUGGUGCUGCUCAACCUGCUCAUCGCCAUGAUGAACCACUCCUACCAGCUCAUUUCCGUAAGUUCUGAGCGGGCCGACGUGGAGUGGAAGUUCGCGCGGAGUAAGCUGUGGAUCUCGUACUUCGAAGAGGGCGGCACCGUGCCGCCGCCCUUCAACAUCGUGCCCACCCCCAAGAGCGUCUGGUACUUCAUCCAGUGGGUGCAGCGCCGCCUCUGCGGGCACUCCCGCGCCGCCAAGAAGGAGCACAUGCGCACCAUCCGGCGGAAGGUGAAGCAAGCGAGCGAGAGGGACUUCCGGUACCAGAGCAUAAUGCGCAACCUGGUGCGGCGCUACGUGACGGUGGAGCAGCGCAAGGCGGAGAACGAGGGCGUCACCGAGGACGACGUCAACGAGAUCAAGCAGGACAUCUCGGCCUUCCGCUGCGAGCUCAUCGAGAUCCUCAAGAACUCCGGCAUGAACACGUCCACGGCCGCCGGCAUGGGCACCGGCUCGGGCGGCAAGAAGAACCGGCAGAAGGAGCGCCGCCUGAUGAAGGGCUUCAACAUCGCGCCGGCGCCGCAGACGUCGGGCGCGCCGCUCGGCUCGGUGGCGGAGCUGAUGGCCAGCCUGGCGCACCACCAGUCGGUGGCGGCGGCGGCCGCGGCGCACGCGCUGCCCGCGCACCUGCACGACCUCUUCGGCUCGACCACGUCGGCCAUCUUCGCCGGCUCGACGCCCAAGAAGUCGCCGCACCACAGCGCCGCCGGGCUGCUGUCGCCCGGUCUGUCCGCCGCCUCCGCGGACGCCCACAACGGCGACCACCACCGCGUGCUGGCACGCUUCGCGCCCAGGUUCCACAUGAAGCGGUCGUCGUCGCACAAGCGGCGCUGGGGCACGCUGAUCGAGGCGGCGCGCUCCGGCCGUGUGAGCCGGCUGAUCGGUCGCAGCCGCUCCGAGGACUCGGUGUGCGGCUGCCACAGCCAGGGCUGCCCGCAGCACGGCCACGGCCACGGCCAAGGACACGGCGCGUGCGCGGUGGCGGCCGCUGGGGUGGCCAACAGCGCCAGCCCCGCCUCCACAGAGUCGCCUUCCGACUCGAACCCCAGCCUCAGCGAGGGCCUGCACCACGCGCUGCCCUUCCAGCACCACUCCAGCACCAACGGAGGAGGCAGCGGGGGCGGGCCCCUCGCCGCGCUCAAGCGCAAGAGGAAGAAGUUCUCCGCGUCGCGCGCCAUCGAUGCUGUCGAGCUGCAGCUGCAGAGGGCGUCCAGCGUGCCGACGCGCUCCUGCGAGGCCGUGCUGGCCGCGCCGCCGCCCGCGCACCACCCCCACCCCCACCCGCACCGCCACCACCUGCAGCAGCCGCCGCAGUCCGUACAAGUGUCGACGACGACGAGCGGCGAUGCGCGGCUCGUGCGUCACGAUCAGAGUGCAAAUUUCCACCAGGAUACACAGCAGCAAUGUCAAGAACCACAGGUGUCAUCAAGCUCAACUACAACGGCGACAUCAACAACAGAGACAGACAUGACUGUCAUUUCUGGUGAGCAGCAGCAGCAACAGGGAGUGACUAAGCUGCCACGCAAUGGCUCUGUGGUGGUGGCAGCACUGCCGCACCUGCCGGGAAUCCAGCCACUCAGUGGACACGAUGGCUCAGCUGGUUGGCUGUGA